AUGCCCUCCUCCGCCGCCGCGCCGGCGACGCACCGCCUGCGCCUCUGGUGGCGCCGCCUCGGCCGCCGCGGCGCCACCGCCGGGGCAGCAGCGUUCGUCGCCGCGCUCCUCGCCGCCGCCUUCUUCUUCCUGGCCCUCUCGCCCGACGCUUCCGCUCCGGCCACCUCAUACCCGUCCUACGGCCACCGCCUCCCCACGCUCGUCGGCCUCACCCUCGUCGACGGCGCCAAGGACCAGGGCGCGGUGUGCCUCGACGGGACUCCGCCUGGGUACCACUGGCUGCCGGGGUUCGGGGAGGGGUCCGACAGAUGGCUCCUCCACUUGGAGGGUGGGAGCUGGUGCAGGAAUCUGACCGUGUGUGGUCAGCGCAAGAAAACUAAUCUUGGUUCCUCUGACUACAUGGAAAGGCGGGCUGAGUUCGUCGGCAUUCUGAGCGACGACGAGUUGCAGAAUCCAGAUUUUUACAAUUGGAAUAAAGUUAAGGUAAGGUAUUGUGAUGGCGCGUCAUUUUCUGGAAACGUCGAAGAUGAAUUUCAGGACGGGACCAGUUUCUACUUCAGAGGACAGCGUAUCUGGGAAGCAGUCAUGCGUGAACUGUUAUCCAAGGGUCUAUCCCGUGCUAAAGAGGCUUUUCUUACGGGCUGCUCGGCUGGUGGUCUAUCCACUUACAUUCACUGUGAUGACUUCCGUGCACUUGUACCAAAGGCGUCCACUGUUAAGUGUCUAGCCGAUGGUGGUUUUUUUCUAGACGUAAAAGACAUAUCUGGGAGAAGGUAUAUGCGCAGCUUCUAUAAUGACGUUGCUCGUCUCCAGGAUGUGCGGAAAAACCUUAUUCAUUGCAGUUCAGAUAUGGAGCCAGGGCAGUGCUUUUUUCCACGGGAAGUUGCAAAAGGCAUCAGCACCCCAAUGUUUAUUCUCAAUCCAGCAUAUGAUGUUUGGCAGGUUGAACAUGUCUUGUCUCCAGAAGGGUCCGACCCUGAACGUUUGUGGGAAAAUUGCAGACUGGAUAUUACUAAAUGUGAUGCAAAACAGCUUGAAACUCUCCAAGGCUUCAGGAGAGAAUUGCUUGAUGCUAUAAGUGAUUUUAAGAAGAAAAAGGACUGGGGCAUGUUCAUUGACUCAUGCUAUAUACACUGUCAGUCAAUGAACCCCUUGACUUGGCACUCUCCAUCUGCCCCUAGAAUCAAUAACAAGACCAUUGCUGAAUCGGUGGGAGACUGGUUCUUCAACCGGCGAGAGGUGAAGGAAAUCGACUGUGAAUAUCCCUGCAACCCGACAUGCCACAACACGGUUCUCAGUCGACCGUACAAGGAAGCGUGACGACGUUUUCGCUGUAUCAUUUUGGUGACUUCCAGCACACUUUGCACCUCGUGUAGUUACCAAUAGGCGAUAGUUGAUUUUUUUUUUUCCUGAGGGAACACAGUGAGCUUGGAGCUGAUUCACACAUGUACUUGACCGCUGUUGAAACAUACGAACGCGCAUUUGCAUGA